AUAACAAACCGCCUGGAAAAUAACUGUCCUCAACUCACGUGGAGUAGCAGUGUUAAUAAUAAUGAUUCAUCCAGGCUAUUGACACAAUAAUCCUGUAUAUCAGGUCGUUAACAUGCACUUUCUUAGCUGUUGGAGAAGAAGUACCGCUGUCAUAACCGCUAUAAGAUCUCUUCCAGUAAAAAGGCUCUUGUGUUCUGUCGGGUCGGAAGAUGACACUAUCUUCGCCCUGUCGUCGGGUCAGGGCAGGUGUGGGGUGGCGGUGGUUCGGGUCAGUGGUCCGGCAUCAGCGCUCGCUGUCCGCAGUCUGACCCGAGGUCUCCCCGCAGCGCGCACGGCCAGCCUCCGCAGCAUCACACACCCUCAGACCAAAGAGCUGCUGGACCGCGGGCUGGUCCUUUGGUUUCCAGGUCCUGGUAGUUUCACAGGAGAGGACAGUGCAGAGUUUCACAUUCACGGGGGUCCUGCUGUCAUUAGUGGAGUUUUACAAGCACUUGGGAGUUUGCCGGGUCUGCGGCCUGCAGAAGCGGGUGAGUUUACCCGACGGGCAUUCUAUGCUGGAAAAUUGGACCUUACUGAAGUAGAGGGUCUGGGCGACCUGAUCCAUGCAGAGACAGAAGCACAGAGGCGACAGGCUCUCCGACAAAUGGCGGGAGAUCUCGGCCGCAUUUACCAAGACUGGAGUGUUCGACUUAAACGAUGUUUGGCGCACGUAGAGGCAUUCAUCGACUUCAGUGAGGAGGAACUAAUAGAGGACGGAAUCUUAAAUGACGUGGAUGCAGCUGUUCGGCAGCUGCAGAUGGAUAUGGAAAAUCAUCUUUCGGAUCAGCGGAGAGGAGAGCGUCUGCGCAGCGGCGUUCAGGUGGUCAUCGCUGGAAGCACCAAUGCGGGCAAAAGCAGCCUGCUCAACAUGCUCACUCAGCGUCCUGCUGCCAUAGUGUCUCCCACAGCCGGGACCACCAGAGAUGUCGUGGAGGUCCCGCUGGACAUCGGGGGCUAUCCCGUGCUGCUGAGUGACACGGCAGGGCUACGGGACACCACAGACAGCGUGGAGCAGGAGGGCGUCCGGCGCGCCCGUCAGCGGGUGGAGCUGGCCGAUCUGUCUCUUGUGGUCGUCGACUUGACGCAGCUUCCUUCAGAGCCCCAGCAAGUGCCUGUCUUCCUCAGUGGACACUUGAAGAGUAUCCUUGAGCACUCAUCUCACAGGAGGCAAUGUAUCCUGAUCCUCAACAAAAGUGACCUCAUCACGGCCGAGCUCAAGCGCAGCAUUCAGGUGGCCCUCGAGGAGGCUGGUGAUGUUCCUCCUGCUUGUUUUUUGUCAUGUCACACCAGAGAUGGAAUUCUGGAUCUCCUGACUAUGUUACAGAACAGACUAAAGACUCUAUGUGGCGACCCACUGAUCGGCAGCCCGAGUCUGACUCAGACCCGACAUCGGACUCACCUACAGAAGAGCGUGGAGGCUUUAUAUCAGUACUAUCAAUACAGAGAUGUGGACCUGGUGUUGGCGGCUGAAGGACUUCGUCUGGGCCUCACCAGCCUGGGCAGGAUCACUGGUAGAGUCGGUGCUGAGGAAAUUUUAGACAUCAUUUUCAAAGACUUUUGUAUUGGGAAAUAGAAGAAUUCUAUAUAUGAUAAUAAAAACAAAGAUGUUUAUGUGGUCAAGUUUAUUUUAAUUCUAAAAUAAAAAUCAGACUU